GUUGUUUUUUUUUAAUUCGAUCAUUUUCGCGAAGCCAAAAAGCUGCUUCUUUUAUCGUUGUGGCCUGAGCCAGUUCCCUCUUCUCCUCUUCAAAAUCUUUCGAUCCUUUCGCUUCUUUAAUUCAAAAGACUUUGGUGGCAUUGAAGCAAGGCUUCCUCGUGGAUCCUCUCUUCGGCGAAGAAGUGUUCUUGCGGUGGGAACGAAAUAGAAGGAUUUGGCGUAGCCGAGACGAUGGCUGAUGAUACGAGCGACCAGGGUUUUGAAUUCAAACUGAGUUCUCCAGAUUACACUGCUAGCCCGAUUUCCCCAGAAAAUUCAAGAGAGGAAAUCCAGGAAACGCCGGAAUACAUCAGAAGAAGCAGAGAGAGAAAAAAGGUUGCGCCGGUCGGGCUAUUCCUUGAAAAAGGCUUUGGUGUUCUGAAAAUGGAGUCAAGAAUGGAAGAUAAAUCUAUAGAAGAAGGCAUAAAUUGUGAUAAAGUAAGUGACUUUGAAGCCUCAAUCGAGCUUGGAGUUAUUCCAGAUGUCCAAGAGACGUUGAUGAGUAUAAACGCCGGAUGUCUGGAUGAGUCUGUAGUUUGUGGCGAUUUUGAUUUUGAAGUGGACAAGUUUUAUUCAGGAGGAGACACUAUUAAAACUGAUGCUCAGGUUGGUGAUGGAAGCUGUGGAAUAUACCAAUCUGCCCGAUUAGGGAAUUUCUCGUAUCAAUUUACUGAACUUGAGGCGGGAAAUUAUCUUGUCGACCUCCAUUUUGCUGAGAUUGUAUUUGCUGAUGGCCCUGUAGGCAUGAGGAUUUUCGAUGUCUUUAUACAGAAUGAAAAGGUACUUGCUGGGUUAGAUAUAUAUGGUCAGGUUGGUUCAAACCAACCUCUGAUUUUGUCAGAUUUGAGAGCUUCUGUGCUUUGUGAUGAGGGAUUAUUGAUCACAUUUGAAGGAAUAAUGGGACAGCCUAUUGUGUCUGGGAUCUCAGUUAGGCGAGAUUCUGCUUCAGGAAAGACUUUUCAGAGAAUACAAGGUGAGCAGGCAGAAGCAUCAAAGUUGGUAAAGGUGGAUUGUGAUCAAUGUAGGAAACUCAAGAAAGAGUUCCAAUUUAUGCUUAAUGAGCAUAGUGAGUGCAAACAAACUUUGGAGAGUCUGAAAAAGGAGAAUGAACUUAAGAAUAGAGAAUGCCAUCAGGCAUGGUUGUCACUGCAACAGCUUCAGAUGGAGUUAAUGCAGAAGUCAAUGCAUGUUGGCUCCCUAGCUUUCGCAAUAGAGGGUCAAGUGAAGGAGAAGAGUAGGUGGUUUCUGUCCCUGGCUAACUUGAGUAAAAAAUUUCAUUCAUUGAAGCAAGAGCAUGUCAAGCUAACAGGGAACGCAUUAGAAUUUAGGAGGUGCCUUGUGGAUAUUAGUCACAUGACAACCACAGUCCAAUCCACUUUGGAUCGUCAUAUCAAAUUUGAAAAAGAGCAUGAAGACCUCAAGCUCAGGUUUAAUGAAGAGGCAAAUGAAAGGAAAGAACUAUACAACAAAAUCAUAGAACUGAAAGGAAACAUAAGAGUCUUCUGCCGAUGUCGUCCUCUUAACAUGGAGGAAAAAGCCAGAGGGGAUGGCUCGGUUAUUGAUUUUGGUUCUGCAAAAGAUGGUGGGCUUAUUGUCAAAGGCCAUGUAUCUUCCACUAAACUCUUCAAAUUUGAUUCAGUCUUCAGCCCAGAGGAAGAUCAAGAAGCUGUUUUUAAGAAGACUGCACCCUUUGCAACAUCAGUGUUGGACGGAUAUAAUGUCUGCAUAUUUGCUUUUGGGCAGACAGGGACAGGCAAAACAUUCACAAUGGAAGGAACUGAAGAAGCUCGUGGAGUCAAUUACAGGACUCUUGAAGAAAUUUUUCGAAUAAUCAGAGAAAGACAAGGACUUCAUCAUUAUGAAGUCACUGUCAGUGUGUUAGAGGUCUACAAUGAGCAGAUACAUGAUUUGCUACUGUCAGGAUCUGAGCCUGGUGUGGCGUCAAAGAAGCUAGAAGUAAAGCAAGUAGCCGAAGGAGUUCAUGUUCCUGGACUGGUUGAGGCUCCUGUUACCAACAUGAAUGAGGCCUGGGAAGUCCUCCAAACUGGCAGCAAGGCAAGGGCAGUUGGCUCAACUAACGCAAAUGAGCAUAGCAGCCGAUCUCACUGCAUUCACUGUGUGAUGAUUAAAGGAGAGAACCUAGUGAAUGGAGAAUGCACAAGAAGCAAGUUGUGGCUAAUUGAUCUUGCUGGUAGCGAGAGGGUGGCAAAAACAGAUGCUCAAGGAGAGCGGCUGAAAGAAGCACAAAAUAUCAACAAAUCCCUUUCUGCAUUAGGAAAUGUCAUUUCAGCACUUGCAACUAAAAGCCAACACAUUCCUUUUAGGAAUUCAAAGUUGACACACUUGCUGCAAGACUCCUUAGGUGGAGACUCGAAGACUUUGAUGUUUGUCCAGAUUAGUCCUAAUGAGGAAGACUUAGGCGAGACACUUUGUUCUCUUAACUUUGCAAGCAGAGUGAGAGGCAUUGAACUUGGCCUUGCAAAGAGACAAAUUGAUAUGAGUGAAAUGUCCAGAUACAAACAUAUGUUUGGGAAGGUCAAGGAGGAUAUGAAGCAGAAAGAAUCUCAAAUGAAGAAAAUGGAAGAGACAAUCCAAUCUCUAGAAGUCAAGAACAAGGCAAAAGAGUUGAUCAAUACAAGUCUGCAAGAUAAAAUUAAAGAGUUGGAAUCGCAGUUAUUGAUCGAAAGAAAGUUGGCGAGGCAGCAUGUAGACAACAGAAUUGCUGAAAAUCAUCAGCUGCAACAACAACAACUACAACAACAAAAACACAAGGAACAGGAAGAGAGCAGUUCAUGCCUCAGAACAAACUGCCAUGCCUCAGAACAAGUGAUAGAUAAAGAAUUUGAUAGUGUAUUGAGGCCGUUCACUGAAAACAACAGCAACAGGCCUUUGCUAUCUACUCCAAAUGACAGCAACAUUUUCAAGCAUUUUCGUCAGUUUAAGGACAAGGAGAACAAGCCAGAGAUUCCUGAAGAGCCAUUUCCUAGGAAGGCCAGUAGAGUUUCCCUCUGUCCGACAGUUCGUGGCUUACCUAUCACUCCGGUAUCACGUCGGAACUCUCUCAUUCCCUUUCCUGUGACAAAGCCAACACCUCCAACUCCACAGCUUACCAAUGUCAUGAAUUUCUCACCAUCAUUGCCAUUGCAAGCCCGGGCUAUCUAUGCCACUGAUGAUCCUACUGAAGGUGAAAUUAUUAACCAGGGAAGAAGCAAUAAGAAGAUAAACAGCAUUCUAAGAAGAAGCCUACAGAAGAAGGUGAUCAUCAGGCCUCAGUUGCCUCAGUCCAUGAGAACAGGGGCUACUCUUUCUGGAAUCGAUAAGCUACGACUAUCGGUAGGCCGCAGCGGGAGGAAGUCAAGGAGAAUGGCUGCAGUAAAGGUUGGUGAUGGUGAUAGAGUAAUCCAUCACAAACAGCAGAAAGAAAAGGAGAGAGGAUGGAACCUUGGAGCAACUACUUCUAGGCACAUUUUCUGAUACACUGACAUGCACCUCCUCCCCUCCAUCAGCUUAUGAUAUGGAGGGAAAUUAACAAGUUUGUAAGUAAAGUUGAUUCUGCUGUGUAUGCAGCCUCAGCAUCUGAAAUUUACAUUUGAUGUAAACUUUGAACAAGUUGUUCUUCUUCUUUAAGAUUUGCAGUGUGCAGUUAGUUGUUCGAUUCAGAUAAAAGUCAAUUCUGAGACAGCAAAUUAUUGAUGGAAUUCACGGAUCUUGGAAGGAU